AUCCGCCAGAGAUAUACAGCGCCGAACGUUACCAUGUCGUCUACCCCGGCGGUGUCGAUUGGCAAUUACAAGGGCGUAAUGCUAUGUAACAGACCAUUCGUGGGCAUGGUCGGUACGUCCAAAGGUGUAGCUGCAUCCGCCAAACAAGCGUUCGUGUGCGGCAAUGUCGGUGAUAAACCGGGCACGAAUGUGCCUAUUUCAUCGAAGGAAAAGGCAGCCACUACAGACCAACACCCGCGGAAGGAAACUGCACUGCAGCGACAUCGGAAGUGGCUCGCAGAGCUCCAGGCGACCAAGGAACAGCUAGAGAAACACUAUCUUGCGGAUGUCCAAAUGAAAGAAGAUCGCCAUAAACGAUUCAUGGAACGUGAAGCGAGGAUGCGUGCAAUGGUGCGCAAAGCAAAGGAUUCAGUGCUCGACUUUGAAUCACAAGCCAAAGAUGAGCACGGAGAAGAGACCUCCGUUGAGAAGGCAUCAUUUGAAGACUCAACCCGUGAGACCUAUCCAACUGUCGCUGACGGCAAGAGUCCAGCACCUCCAUCUCGGCCAAUGUGGGCACUCACUGAGCAGCAGGCGCUUAGUUCCGUAGAUUGCGCCGAAAAGAAUGAAGCGGAUGACCUCCUCGACUUUGCUAAUGGCCUAGAUUUUGAUAAGUAUAUCAGUGACUCGGAAGUGUCCGCAUUGAUAGAAAAUGUGCGAUCUCGCAUCACUGAACUCGAAGCUACGCGAUCUGUCCUUGAAGCUGAUGAUACGGGCAAGAUCAUGGGCGCUGUUCACUCGCAUAAGUCCUUGACCGCAAUUGCUCAGCGCUCGAAAGCUGCGCUGGCUGAAACAUUAAGCACUGUCAGUGAAGAGAUCAUUGCGCCUCCUCUUGUGAUGAAGCACACAGAUGAUGCUGGCGCACGUUUGGAAGGGAAGAAUAGCGUCUCUAAUCUCCCUUACAUGCACAGAAACCCAGCGGUUUGAGCAACCGCUGCUGCAGUCGCAAAGUGCGCUUGUGUUGCACUCGGUGCGGGUCAACACCCAAUAAAAAGCGACCUGCGCUGGCCCGCUGCGGACCGGCAAGUGGUAUUGGGAGUCGCGCGAGGGCCCGGCUUAACCGGACAAUAUAAAG